AUGCCAACUCCAACAAACCGCCAACGCGACAAGGCACACAUCAGGCUGAAGGAAAUAUUCACCAAAAUCAUCAGGUCACGUAGAAGCUCCAACCGAGUUGAGGAGGAUGUACUACAGAGGUUGAUGGAUUCCAAGUACAAAGAUAGUCGCUCCACAACUGAAGCAGAAAUUUCCGGCAUAGUCAUGGCCCUCGUCUUUGCUGGAAAACACUCGAGCACUACCGCUAGUACAUGGACUGGAGCUUUCAUGUUGAGCAACACCAAGUUCUUAAUAGCUGCCAUGGAGGAGCAAAAGCAUAUCAUUAGCAAGUACGAGAACCAAAUAGACUACAAUGCCUUGUUAGAGAUGGAUACCCUUCAUAGAUGCAUUAAGGAGGCAAUGAGGAUGCAUACUCCAUCGCAAAUGUUAAUUCGCAAGGCACAUAAGAACUUCAAGGUGCAGGCCAAGGAAGGCAAGGAAUAUGACAUACCUAAAGGACAUAACAUUGUAAUCCCUACGGCACUCAACAAUAAGUUGGCACACGUUUAUAGUAACCCUCAUGUGUAUGAUCCUGAUCGAUUUGGUCCUGGAAGAGAGGAGGACAAAGUUGGUGGCAAGUUCUCUUUGACGACAUUUGGUGGUGGAAAGCAUAUUUGCCCUGCCAUGACCUAUGCUUACCUUCAAAUUAAAUUGGUAUGGAGCCAUCUGCUAAGAAACUUUGAGCUCAAGCUAAUAUCUCCUUUCCCUGAGGCAGAUUUUAGCAAGUUGGGCCAAGAGCCUAAAGGAAAAGUAAUGAUAAAUUAUAAGAGACGUCAACUGUUGUGCUGUUAG